AGGUCUCUUUACUUAUCAUGAAUUUCCUGAUAUUCUUUUGUAUUUCUUUGUAUAAUUUUGAUACAAAACCUUGAUAUUCGUAUGAUUAUCUGCAGCACAGUAGUUUCGGCAAUUGUCGUCCUACUAAGCCAAAGAAGAAUUGCUGCCAAGAUAGUUUCUUGUUAUUUCACUGCAUACCAACCACGUUUAUAAAUAUUUCGCCCGAGAAGAUUGGAAUUCCGUUAACAAUUUUGGAUUAAUUGACUUUUAAACAUCAUUUGAGAGAUUUUUAUUGUUCAUUAUAAUGGCCACAUUAAUGCAUGAACAUCAACAAAUGUUUUAAAUUUAUCAGAUCCUUUUUGGAAGUCAAACAAGUAAAACAUAGCUCUGAUUAUAAUAAGAUCAUGUAUUCAUGUUCCAUCUUAAUAGGAGAAUUUAAUUAAAUAUAAUAAUUAAUGAUAUUUAAUAUCAUAUUUUUGAGGCUAUGUUGCCAAGAAUAAUUUUAAACAUUAUAUAGACCAGAUAAAUCAUAAUAAAUUAUUAAAACAAUUUGAUAUACAACAACAUUUCAUUAUUCUAACACAUCAUAAUUUAUAUACUUAAAAAUCUCUGUAAAAUGGCUGAAACGCAAAGAAUACCUGUAUAUGGUACGCGUCCUCCUUGUGCUACUGGCAAUCGUUUAGAAGAGCGUCACGCUAAAAGAGCAGCCUUAAGAUUAGAAAGAAAUCGGAAACCGGAUAAGCCUGAAGAUUUUGUCUGCUACGAAUCGAGCGACGAUGAAGCAGACUCCAUAUGUGAAGGAGUACAGUACCUAAAAACUUCUUUUAAUUUUGUGGAUUAUGUGCGUGCUAGAGAAACGAAUACAAGAGAAGUGCGAAAAAUUAAUCAAGAAUAUGGAUUUCGACAUAUAUUAACUCAUGAUUUAUAUAAAGAAUAUUCGGUUAGCUUAAAUAAUAUGAAUAAAGUUUUUUGUUCUCAAUGGUUAAGCGAUAGACAAGUAGUAUUUGGAACGAAAUGCAACAAAUUGAUGGUUUAUGAUGUAGCAACACAGAAAUUAGAUCAAAUACCAUCUCUUCAUGGAAGACAAAUUAAUUCAGGAGGUAGUGUUGUACCGGAUCAGCAAUGUGGUAUACAUUCUGUUCAAAUAAAUCCUUCUAGAACUCUUUUAUCAACUGGAGCAAGAAAUAGUACCGAAAUUGCGAUAUAUAGGUUACCUACUCUUGAUCCAGUUUGCGUAGGAGAAGAAGGUCAUAGAGACUGGGUCUUUGAUAUGUGUUGGUUAGAUGAUGAGUUUUUAGUUUCUGGUGCUAGGGAUACCAAAAUGGCUUUAUGGCAUAUAGACAGUGACCUUGCAGAAGCCCCUGAUAAAGCAGAUGUGCCAACACAUAGGUUGAUUCGGCCUGUGUGCGUCAAGGAAUGUAGAUCAGCGCAAAAAGUACGAGCACUUGCUUUUAAUAGGACAUAUAAAGAAAUUGCUGCUCUUACUUUGAAUAGUUUUAUACAUAUAUGGUCUGCUGAGACUUUCAGACAAAAAAUAUCUAGAAAACUACCAGCCUGUCAAGAAAAUGUUUGUCUUGCUGUACAAGAUGAUGGUGUUUAUGCAGUAGGAUGUCGUUCUUAUACUUUACUUCUCGAUGCAAGAACUCUGCAGCCAAUUAAAAAAAUACCUUCACGAUAUAGCGGUUGUGGUAUCCGAUCGGCUAGCUUUCAAGGUUCUGUUCUAACUAUUGGAACUGGUUUAGGAAUGUUAAUGUUUUACGACGUUAGAGCGCAAAAGUAUCUGGAGUCUUCGAUUAAUUCUAACAGAACUGUAGUACUCAAAGCUUCAAAGGGAUACGUGUUUCCAGAUGAAGAGUACAUCGAUGGAUUUCAAAAUGUUAAGUAUACACCUGCUAUAUAUACUCAUUGCUACGACGGAUCCGGGACGCGGUUAUUUACAGCUGGUGGACCACUUCCUGUAAAUCUUUAUGGUAACUAUGCAGGAUUAUGGCAAUAAAGUUAAUUUUAGCCGAAUGAAGAGCCGCAUCGAUUUUUACGUAAGUAAUUAUAAGUUGUACAUUUAAAUAUGAAUAAUCAAGAUUUUAUCUAAAAUGGUAUAUACACCUCUUCUAGAGUUAAGAAACAUUUUCUGAUUACAGUAAUCAUGUACUUUCAUACUUCUUACAUAAUUUUGCCUUUCUUCUAUUUAUUAAAAUUUAGAAAAAAAUAACAACACACUCGUCAGAAAUUUUUAUACCUCAUACAUAAAUGAGAUAAUAGAAAAAUGUAAUAAGAAAAUGAAUUUCAAAGGUGUAUAUAUCUCGACUGCCUCGAUUGCUUUAUUAAGCAAUCGUAUUAGUGUAUGUUUAUACAUUAACACGAAGGAAAAGUUGAAAUUAUUAUUUUGAACUUAAAAUAAAACUAGUAUCUGAUAAAUGAUGAUUUAAGAACGAUAUAAUUUAUAUUUAUGACCUUACCACGCCAUUAUGAAGGUGUUAAUUUAAUUUGAUUCAUCAUUUAACAUAAAAUUUUUCACCGAUAUUAGUCAUUAUUUAUGAAAUUUAAUGAACUUUUGAAUGAGGAUCUCUUUUAUGGUAUAAUACAAAUAAUUUCUGAAGAACAUGUUUUCAUAUGUUAUGAUUAUCUACAUAGUGUGAUUUUAAAUGUAUUCUUUAUAACUUGUGUUGGAAAUGAUAAUCUAAGAAGUAGUCAACGAAUAACACUGCAAUGAACAUUAAGUUUUAUCAGAUACAAUUUAUCAAGUUGAAAUUUUAAUACUGGCCUUAAAAGAACAAUAUACAAUAAGUAUGUUACAAAAGUUUAUUUUAGGGAAAACAGUAACUGUUUCAAAUCUUUAUAAUGUAUUUCUGUAUUAAAUAAUAGAGUCUCAAACAUUUAGAACUUUGAUCAAUGCAUGAACUAUUAAAUAAUAUUUUUCGAAUGUACACAGUGGUUAUUAUUUUGUUGAAUCAAAAUUUAUUAAGAAAGAAAUAAUCUAUCAUCGUGUAUUCAUUUUCUUUUAAUACAAUUUUGUUGUUAUUAACAUGGUCACAAACAUCAAAUCUUAAACUUAUUAACUGUAAAAAUUAGUCCUUGAAAAAAUACUCCACAAAUUUGAUCAGAUUCAUUACCUCUAUGUUAUAUGGAAUUUGAUGAAAUUGAAGUAUUAGGGAAUAAAAACUGUGUGCAUUUAUCAAUGAAAUUUUAUAAUUAUGUGCAGCCAUUUAAAAGUUGAAACAAAUAGAUUUACAUAUAAUUUUUACACUACAAAUUUUGGUGUACUUAAGUGAUAAAGUUCACCAUUAUGUUAAUCAUUGUCUUUUACAUUGAAUUCAUUGAUGCAGCAAUGAUGUAAGUGCAUUUUCAAUGCUUAGAAUAGAACAACAUUUUUGGGGAUUGAAAAGUUGUUGAGAUGUAAACAAUAAGUAACUGGAUUAUCAAUGUGUCGUGGUGAAUAUAUGAUAACAAAAUAUAUUCUAAGUACUUGUAUAGUCUCGAACGAAGUAGACUUCUCUAAGGAAAAUUACGAUACAGGGAAAGUAGGAAACCUGGGAUAUCGUCAUUUUCUCUGGGAAAACCUACCAUAUUCGGUACUGUACACCAACAGAUUACAAAUUGUUGGCAUAUAUUCAUAAAGUCAUUACAUUAUAUAAUAAGUAAAAAUGUGUGUUGUAUUUAUAAAUCCAUGAUUAAACUAUACAAAACAUAUAUGUGAUGAUACAUAAUGAACGAAUACAUUGAAUGCAUUUUAAUAUGGACUAUCACAUCUACUUUUAUUAUAAAUAUUGAGAACAAAAAAUUAUAACAAAUAAUUCUGUCUUUAAUGCCUGCCAUAAUUUUAUCCAUUUAGGCUCUCAACGAUAAUUGUUAAAUUUGUUUCAAGUUCAUUGCUUUCAUAUGAAAUCUUUUUAAGUGAUAACUAUUUUCUAUACACAAUUUGAUGUCCAUUUUAAAACGUCCUAAUUUUUUCGUACUAAUAUCACAAACAAUAAAGUCUAAGUAUCACAUAUUUUAUCUUAUAUAAUGCAAUAGGAAAGGUGUAAAAUAAAUAAUUUUUAUACUUGAAGUAUAUGUAUAAGUUAUAAAACAAUUUUCUGCAGUUAUAAUGGCUGCAUUACUGUAGCAGAAAAAAAGCUAUUCUCUCGUGUAUUAAUGCUUACCAUAAGAAUAUUAGAGAAAAAUUUUUGUAAGAAAUCAUGUGUAACUUCAGAAUAUUUGUCCUUGUAUUUCUUAACAGAUUUUUCUUCUAUUUUUUAAAGAAGAACGUGUUAUAUGUAUUUUUCUUUUUUUUUUUCCUUUUCGUUAUAAAAGUACAUAAUUUAAUUUGUUAUUCUGUAUGGUUGUGUUCCUAGAUCUAUAAUAAAAUGUUAUUACAAAAGUAUUUAUCAUCUGUGUUAAGAAUAGAGGGACAAUGUAACGAGUAACCUUUUAAGUUCUUUUUAAAUAUUUUGUUUCAAAAAUUUACAAUAUAUUUAAUUGUUAGAAAAAAGAUAUCCAGUGCAAGUAAUACGUGUGAAGAAAUUUAUGAUAAGUUUACAGUCAGCUCAAUGUUUGUUACGUUUCAUCAACUUAUUGUAACAACAAACUUUUUAAACAAAUAUAUACAAAAUUUUGUUAGAACAAAUUACAACAUUGAAUUGUAUUUAUUUCUUAAAAAGUGUUUGUUUGACACGUGAAAUGGUAAAUGUUUCUCAGAGAUAGGACUAUUUGGACGGUAAUCGUACACCUUGCAAUAUUGUAAUUUUAUGUGUGUGCGAAUGUGUUAAGUAAUUAAUGUAAAUAAACAUGCCAAGAUUGAAAUUGUAUUUAUCAAUUCUUCUAACUGAGAGAAGAAGUAAUAACAACGCUUAAAGAACAAAAUACAAAAGAGAAGGAAAGAUUAGUCUCCUUAUAAAUAAUUUAUUAAUGGUAUAUUGAUACAAUAUUUUCAUUUUCAUUUAGAAUCGUCACGAAGAACGUGUAAAAUGUGUAUAAUGCAUACAAAACAUGUGAUGUGAAUGUUUUUUAAUUCAGGCUUAGCCCUGACUACAUUAGAUAUGUUGUGUUUUAUUAUGUGUGUUUGACAAUGUACCGAGGCUCAGCUUGAAUAAAAACACGGAGGUCAAUUUUGCCCCGUGUAUACACGUCCGACACGUGAAGAGGACCAUACCUCUUUAACGAGCAGAAGAUGGAACCUUUGAAAGGCAUCUUCUUUUCGGGGCACGUGUCUAUUAUUAGCGUGAUUUUAACGAUAAUAAAUUGCUUCUUUCACGCGUCAUUCUGUUGGAA